AUGACCACCCUCACCAUGGACUCAGCCUACACCCCAUCCCAAGUAGACGCCUACCUCACGCACAUCGGCCUCCCACCGUCCUUCCACCCGUCCGCGAACCCCACCCUCAACCUCACCUACCUCACCACCCUCUUCACCCACCAAAUAACCACCAUCCCCUACGACAACCUCUCCAUCCACUACUCCCCCACCCAUACCAUCGACCUCAACCCGCAAGCCCUCUUCACCAAAAUGAUCACCGCCAACCGCGGCCGCGGCGGCUACUGCAUGGAGAACUCCAUCCUCUUCAACCACAUGCUGCGGGCCCUCGGCUUCAGCGACGCCUACCUAGCCGGGGUGCGCAUCCGCCCGCGCGUGGCCGGCGUCCCGCAAGGCGAGGCCUACACGGGCUGGGUGCAUCUGGUGAACAUCGUGAGCGUGCCGGGGGAGGCGGCCAAGUACGUGCUGGAUGUGGGGUUUGGGGGGGAUGGCAUGACGCGGCCGAUGCCGUUGGUGGAGGGGGCGGUGCAGCAUAAUGGGAUUGGGACGCAGGAGGUGCGGUUGGGGAGGAGGUUUAUUCCGAAUCAGAGGUUUAGGGGGGAGGGGGCGGAGAGGAUGUGGGUGUAUGAGGUGCGGAAUGGGGUGGAGAGGGACUGGGUGCCGUUUUUUGCGUUCCAUGAUCGCUUUGAGUUUACAGAGGCGGAUUUUGGGAAUAUCAAUUGGUAUACCUCGCAGGCGAAGGAGAGUCACCAGACGUGGACGACGCUGGCGAUUCGGUUUUUGAGGGGGGUUGCGGAGGAUGGCACGGCUAAGGUCGUGGGGAAGGUCAUGAUGGCGGAGGGGGUUAUCAAGGAGAACUUGACUGGCAAGACGCGGUUGGUCAAGGUGUGUAAGACGGAGGAGGAGAGGGUGGCGGCGUUGGCAGAGUUGUUUGGGAUUCACUUGACGCCGGAGGAGGCUGCGAGUAUAAAAGGGAGGCCGGCCGAGUUGCUCGGUGAGGCAUAG